CCCCAUUAUAUUCACUACCAAGAAUUGACAUUCAUUUCACAAUUCCAUUGCCUGCCCAUCUUCCUUCUUUCUUUACUUUUUGUUGUUGCUGUUGUUUUAUUUAAUUUCAUUUAUUAUGCUACAUAUUUCAAGAAGAGCUUUUUCAACAUGUCGUUCAUUAUUUCAUGAAAAUCCUUUAGGAUUACCUCGACAUGCAUCAGCACCUACCAUUCCUAGAGCACAACGAGGUUUACCAAAGAAAAUGCCCAUUCCUGGUGUAAAACAGGUCAUUGUUGUUGCUUCAGGAAAAGGAGGUGUUGGUAAAUCAACAACAGCAGUCAAUAUUGCUUUGGCAGCUGCUGGAAUGAAACAGAAAGUGGGUAUUUUAGAUGCAGACAUUUUUGGACCAUCAAUACCUAAAUUAAUGAAUUUAAAAGGAGAGCCUGAAUUAACAGAAAAAGGUGAUCGUUUAAUACCUUUAACUAAUUAUGGAGUAAAAUGUAUGUCUAUGGGCUUCUUAGUAGAUCAAGAAGCCCCAGUUGUAUGGAGAGGUUUAAUGGUCAUGAAGGCACUUCAACAACUAUUACAUCAAGUGGAUUGGGGAUAUUUAGAUUUAUUGGUAAUUGAUAUGCCUCCUGGAACAGGUGAUGUUCAGCUAACUAUUAGCCAACAAGUCAUUGUAAAUGGUGCUGUCAUUGUCUCUACACCUCAAGAUAUUGCAUUGAUUGAUGCGGUAAAAGGAGUAAAUAUGUUCAAGAAAGUGAAUGUGCCAAUUCUUGGUAUGGUGCAAAAUAUGUCGUUAUUUAUUUGUCCAAACUGCAACCAUGAAUCCCAUAUAUUCGGUCAUGAUGGUGCUGCAAGAAUGGCCGAAGAUUUUAAUGUUCCCUUAUUGGGGGAAGUGCCACUUCAUGCAGAUAUUUGUCAAUUAUCCGAUUCCGGUAAACCUAUUGUUAUAUCACAGCCAAAUAGUCCAUUUUCUAGUCAUUAUCGUUCUAUUACUACAAAUAUACUCGACCGGUUAUGUUGUUCGAAUAUGUAAGUUUAUUAUUUUAAUAAGACAAACAAAUAAAUAAAAAAAAAAAAAAAGAGAGAGAAAGAAAAUAAAUAUAAAAAUUAUUGCU